AUGAGGAAUAACAAGUUCAAGCUUUCAAAUAUGAUUCCCAAUGCUUGGUUUUACAAGCUAAAGGAAAUAGGCAAACCAAAAAACCAAACAACAACAACCACCUCUAAGAACAAAAAACAUCCAUCUUCCUUACCUUCAAAAACAACCUCAAUUUCCUCAAAACCAAAUCAACCCAACCAAUACAUUCCUAGAAAAUCUUACUACUUCACAAGAAACCUUAACCAAAACAACCACAUCAAAUUAUCCUCUUCUUCACCACCAAAAACACCAUCCAAAAACAGAACAAGAAAAACAACCUCAAAAUCAAAAACAUGUUCUUCACCAAAACUUGUUGCCUCCUCUGUCUCCGCGGAUUGCAGCUGUCGAACCACACUCGAAUCGGUGUGGACGAAAUCGGAACCACUUUCUUCCUCUCCGCUUAACAGCGUAUACGAGUCAGAAUCCGUUGAGACAGAAUUCAGAACAGAUAGAGUUCUACUCCCAAAUGAAACAUCAUUUGAUGAAAUGGUUUCUUUGUCCAUUUCUUCUUGUCCUUGCAACAAAACCUCAAACAACAACAAUUUCAACAACAACAACAACAACAUAGAUAUUGUUAUUGAUGUUGACAAAAAUUCCCUACCUAGAAAAGAUGAUAAACUUGAAGAGUACAACAAUUCUAAUGUUUCUUUCUCAAAGCUACAACUUCCUCCAAUCAUCACAAAGCCACAAAUCAAAAAAGAACAUAACCCCGUCAAAGAACAACAUCAUCAACAACAAAUGAAGAGCAUGAACAUGAACAUGAACAAGAAGAAGAACAAGAUUGGUUCCGUAAAUUCUCCAGGAAUGAAGCUUCGUAUAAAAUCUCCAAAAAUCGCCACUAAGAAACUUCAGUUGUAUCAGAGCCGGAAAAGCGUGUCGUCGACUACGACGACAGCUUCCGGCGGCUACCACCGGAGAAGAAGCUUCUCCGGUAGUGUUGCAAUAGUGAAAUCAUCUUUUAAUCCUGGGAAGGAUUUCAGAGAGUCAAUGGUGGAGAUGAUUGUGGAGAAUAACAUAAGAGAAUCAAAGGAUUUAGAGGAUCUUCUUGCUUGUUAUCUUUCUCUGAAUUCAGAUGAGUAUCAUCAUCUUAUUAUCAAGGUGUUCAAGCAAAUAUGGUUUGAUUUGACUGAAAACAGGGUAGAGAAAUAUAACUAG